UUAUUGCUAAAAGAAUCCACUUUAAUAAAGGAUAUUGACCUCGAUCUGAGGCUGAGGCUCUGACCACCCAGAUGGGAUUAUGUAACUGAUGCUUCCCCAGUGACAUGUUUGAAUAAAACAUUAUAUAAAUUACUGCUUUUAGCUAUUUAACCAUAUAUUAGCCUGCGGAGAUCGCUCGGAAAGGGGUAUUUCUUGUGUUAAACUUACUGGCCUGUGAUGCCACAUUUCUUGCGGUUUGAGAUGCCAUAUCCGCCAUUUUGUGACCUGUCCUGUCCUGUUCUACUAAAGCGAGUCUGCGUCCUCUUUGAGGCAUGUCGUAGGUCAGUCUUUCGUUGGCUUUCCUUCAGUUCCUUCUACUAUCCCACUAGUUGUUAAUAACCUGGAACGGCUUUAAGCCUCGAUUACCUAAUUACAAGACAAAACAAAAAACUAAGCAUCUUCUCAUCUAAUGGGCAAUGUCCUCAUCAGCUGUCCGGGCUGCUGAUCCCCAGAGUACGAACGUACACUGGUCACAUUAUUGACAUGCAGUUAAAGCAAGGAGUUAUAACUGUUAUAACUCCUUGGUUAAAGUCAUUGAAUCUGAAUCAUCUGACAUCCCACGGAGGAAUUAAAUUCAGCCGUCACCAGCCACCCAUGUAUCUGGCCCAUGAAUAUGCGGAUGUAGGGACGGGAGGUCGAUCUACCUGACCCACGACCAUGCGGUCGAUCUACCUGAUGUUUAUCAGAAUUAUAAUAUGCCCUGGCCACUGUACUACAGUACCUAUAGCUGUCAGUGAGUGAUAACAGCUACUCACAUCAGUCUGACCAGUCUACAGACAGCGGAAACACGCAAAGCAUGCAAUUUCAAAGUGCAGAAGAUUUUCAAUUUUUUCCUCGCCAUUGGAAGAAGAGGACCGACUCAGAUGUCAGGAACUCUUUUACUUUGGUAACCUAUAAUAUACUAGCUGACGUAGCAAUGGAGCCUAUUAAAGGCUACGACAAAUACGUUCCAAUAGAGAGACGAUACAUGGACUAUCGCCUACCGCGAAUUUUGAAAGAACUGAAGGAAAUGGACGCGGACGUGGUCUGUCUGCAAGAAGUACAAGCAUACAUUUACACAAAUCAUCUUCAGUCUUUCAUGAAAACGAAUGGAUACGAAGGAGUAUUUCUACAGCGCCAGGACGACUUAGGGGAAGCCACGUUCUUUAAAUCCUCAAAGUUUGAAUGUGUUGAUUCCCGGUGUUGUGUACUUCAUGAAAUAGCAGAUGACAUAUUGCAGAAAGUAGAAAUGGACAAGGAGCUCAGGGACCGUAUCAGAAGACACAUUUGCAAACCGAAUGCCAUUUUGAUAACCAAAUUGAAGCUGCUUGACAACAAGAAAGAAGUCGCCAUAGGAAACGUCCAUGCUUUGUGGUCUACGACUCAACUUGACGUUGUUUUAUUACAGGUAGCUUGCGCCGUCAAAACUCUUUCAUCGUUUGCUGGUGGACCAGAGAAAUCUCAAAUUUUAACUGGGGACUUCAACAGUACUCCUGAUUCCGCGGUUUACCAUUUGCUUAGCGGGGGGGAAAUUGACAAGACAUGGAGAGAACAACUGCAAAAGCAUAGCGAAAAAAUCUCUGCGAGAAAUGGUGGGCAAGCUCAAGAUCUGUAUUUAAUGGACCUAAUAGAAAAUGCCCUGGGCCAUGAAGUUCCCCUAAAGAGUGCUUAUGCCUUUGUUCUGGGUAAGGAGCCCCCAAUCACCAAUCAUGAUGGUGCAUAUUUUGACGAGGUUCUGAAAGUUUGCUUCGACUACAUCUGGUUUCACAGUGAUCGCAUUGACGUCACUGGAGUUCUGGACAUGCCACCAGAGGACGCCCUGUCAAGACACUACUCACUGCCUAGCCCGCUGUUCCCGUCAGAUCAUCUUCCUGUAAAAGCAGAGUUGUUAUUGAAAUAGUUCAACUUAAUUGUGCACUAACUGAUGAAUCACCAAAUGGAAACCAAAAGAGACACCGUUUUUGGUUGCUGCAAAAAGGGAGACAAUCGACGGGAAAAUGACUGCACAUAUUUAAGUUUUGAAAUAAUAAGUGUUCAAGAUAAAAGAAUGUUUGCACAGUGUAUAUAUCAGGUAUAUUCGCACAAUAAUUGCGCAACUAUUUAAAUUCAACAGUUUUAUUAUUCGAACAUGAACAUGAAUUAUGCUGUAAUAUUAUUUUGAAAUAAUGGUCACAGACUGUUGCGAACUGUACUAAUUACCCGAAAGCAGGCGAGCCGCUUUGACAAUUGAUAUUUUUCUUAUUCGCUAGAUGUGUGUGUAAAGGGCAUACGACUGCGUCCAUUUUUCAUCAACAUCUGAAGUGUAAAGCAUUUGUUCAUACUGAAGAAUAAUCAAUGCACUAUUUUAGAAAUGCCUUUGACUUUAUGGCAAUCCGGAAAAUAAUGUAACAAAUGCUCGGCUAUAAACCACUGUAUUAAAUCAA